CCCGUGCGGCCCGCGCGGCCCUUGCUACAAAGUUGCAAAGCCCCCGCGUUCCGGAUGGAAUUCUGUGUUGCAGCUUAGUCCCGAAGGCGGAAAGAAGGAGGGCGCGCGGGCGGGAGAGGAGCCGCCGAGGGGAGAGCGGAGCGGCGGGGGAGCCUGUGCCUGCUGCGGCCGCUGGGCUAUUGACUCCCAGACGUUGGAAUAGUCCUCCGUUGGGGGGGGCGACCUUUGCCCGACCCUCCCGUCUUAAUUUUUAAAAAAAAUUUCCCCGGGGGGCGGGAGACUUGUGAGUUAUACGGUGGGGGGGGUUUACUCCAUUUUUAAAAAACCGUCCUGGGGUUUGGAGUCAAGGUCAUCGAGUGGCUUUUCCGUGGCUGUGGCGUCUCACCCCGGUGGAUCCCUAGGGGCAGCGAGGAGGACUGCCUGGCGUGGGGCUGCAAGCACGGCCGGGGCCGUGGAAAUGGAUGGGAAGGUCCGGCAGAGCCGCCGGUCUCGAUCCCAGAGGGACCGCGUGAGGCGGAGGGAGGCGGCCGCCCGCGAGGCCCGGAAUCAGAGCCCGUCGUCCGGCUCUGAGAGGGAGGCCAGCCCGGGCAAAGAGAACACGAGCCAGAACUGCGCGCACCCCCGGGGCGCGGCGACGGCGACGGCGGUGGCGACGGCCGCCCCCCGAAACGCACGCCCCCCGCGCCGCCGGCGCCGAGAGUCCAGCUCCCAGGAAGAGGAAUUGAUCGAUGGCUUUGCAAUUGCCAGCUUCAGCACCCUGGAGGCCUUGGAGAAGGACAUGGCCCUGAAGCCCCAGGAACGGAAAGAAAAGUGGGAGCGACCAGCCAGCAAGAAGGCCCGAGAAUCCGAGAACUGCCCCUCGGCGGAGCCCAGUGAGAACGGCCACGGGCCCCGGGAGCCAGGGAACGCAGAACGGGAGGCAGAGCGGGCCAGCGAUCGAGCGAAGAAGAAGGUCCCCUUCCAGCUCUCCACUCAGAUGAAGGUCCCUUCAAGCAAGAGCGGCAGCCGCAACAGCGAAGAAGACAGUGUCCGAGAAGCCACCAGCUCCCAGUGGAGCAGCUCUAGGGACCAGCUCAGUGACAGCUCCGCGCAGGCCUUCUCAGGACGAGGCUAUUCCUGUGACAGCGAGAGCGAUAUUGAUGAUAAGGCCUCCGUAGGCUCUGAGAAACUCUUCGCUCCUGCAGCUAGUAAAGGUUUCUCGCUGAGUGAGAAGCCCGAGACAAAGGCUCCUGUUGGGCCUAAGGUCUCAGGGCUGGAGCGAAGCCGGGAGCUGAGCACCGACACCCCGUUUCUGCCUCCUGUGCCCAGUCCCCCGGCCCCCACGGUCACCACAGUUCCUAUAGGCGCCCCCUCCAGCACCCGAGCCAGCCCCUUGGUGAAGAAGGAGGCCCCGCCCCCACCCCGCCUCACUCCACAGCCUCAGCAAGUGCAGCCUGCACCCCCGCAGCCCCGGGCCCCACCCCCAGCACACGUGGGGCCCCCCCUGGGCACCUACCCCGGCCAUCCCCCUGCCACACACAACGGCCUGCACAGCCUCAGCAGGAGCAGCAGCGCCAGCAGUGCAGCCAGCCUCGGCCUCCCCAAGCACGUGACACUGUCCUCCCACGGGCCAGGCCCGGCCCUGCCUCUGUCCAUCUCCAACCUUGCUACCUCGCACUUUGCGCUCCGUUCCCAAGCCCAGCAUCAGCACCACACGGCGGCCAUGUUUGCUGCCCCCCCCACGCUGCCCCCUCCCCCAUCGCUCCCUACCAACAGCCUGGUUAUCCCCGGACACCCAGCCGAUACCAGCCUGUUGAUUUCAUUCAACCAACCAAUCAUGUAUUGCCAGCCUCAUUCGGGGAUUCUGAUUGGUACUUUGUCACAGGCAUCCCUCUUACCUUCACCCUUGAGUCCUCACGUAGAAAACACCCACAGCAUUGCCUGCCGAAACAGGGAGUGCCAGUUUGACAAAUACGCGCCCAAGCUGGACAGUCCCUACUUCCGACAUUCCAACGUGAGUUUCUUUCCAUCCUACCCUCCUGCCAUGCCCGGAAUGGCCCCUUUGCUUGCCCACUCAGGCCCUUUUGGGUCCCUACAGGGAGCCUUCCAGCCCAAGACGUCAAACCCCAUCGACGUAGCGAGCCGGCCAAGCACUGUCCAUCACGCCCUCCUACAGAAAACCCCAGGGGUGUCUGACCCCUACAGGACACAGGUCAGGAAACCGGGAAAGUGGUGUGCCGUGCAUGUCCAAAUCGCCUGGCAAAUCUACCAUCACCAGCAGAAGAUCAAGCAGAUGCACCUGGACCCCCACAAGCUGGAAAUUGGUGGCAAACUGGACCUCUUUAGCCGGCCACCUGCACCUGGGGUGUUUCCUGGGUUCCAUUAUCCCCAGGACCUGGCCAGGCCACUUUUCUCAACCACAGGUGCUGCCCACGCAGCCACUGCCCCAUUCGGCCCCUCCCCCCAUCACAGCAGCUUCCUGCCCACCAGCCACCUGACAGAUCCCUUCAGCAGGUCCAGCACCUUCAGCGGCCUCGGCAACCUGGGGAGCAACGCCUUUGGAGGCCUGGGCAGCCACGCACUGGCUCACAACAGCAUCUUUGCUCAUAAGGAAACCCCGACCCUGCAGAACUUUAACCAUCCCCACGAGCCCUGGAACCGGCUACACCGCACGCCACCCUCCUUCCCAACGCCUCCGCAGUGGCCCAAGCCCGGAGACCCAGAGCGAAGCUCAUCCCUGAGCAACCACGACCGAGACCGUGACCCCGAGAAAGGCAAAGAGGAGCGAGAUCGGGACAUCAUGGACAAAAGCCGCCAUUCUAACCGGUCGUCCCCAGCGUCUGCACCUGUGACCCAUCAGAUCAGCAACCUCAUCCGUAGCAACAGCCAGACCUCCAUCGACCCCUCACGGCCAGCCGGCCUGGGCGAGAGGGAGCCGCCAGACCGGCUCCGAGAUGCCCCGCUGCCUGAGCACAAGGUGAAGGAGAGUCGCUCCCCGAUAAAGGAAGCCCCCAGCCUGGAGAAGCGGCCCCCUGAGGACGGCGGCAAGCCCGUCAUCCAGUCGGUGUCCCCCUACAGCAAACCCAGCCUCAGCGAGAGCCUCAAGCUGAGCGGCCUCGUGACCGCCAAGGAGCUGGAGCGGAACCCAGAGCCGCUGAGCGACCUUUCCAAGAUUAAGAAUGAUGUCAAGGUCAAGGAAGAGCGCAAGGAGGAUAGCGAGGUGCUGGUGGUGGGAUCUGAGCCCUCCCGGGAGCCUCCUGCAGCUGCCCCCCUGCACGGGCUGCCCCUCACCCACUCGAUGGCCACGUCAGUGCCCCUGGCCAUGGGGGGCGUGCAUCCCAUCAGCAGUGUGAAUGUGUUGGACCGCUCCCGCGUGAUGACCCCGCUCAUGGGCAUGAGCCCCCUGACGGGGCGGGAGAGGCUCCCCCAUCCAGGCUUCUCCUGGGAUCCGCUCCGCGACCCACUGAGGGACGCCUACCGCAGCCUGGAUCUGCACCGCCGCAUGGACCUCCAGCUGCGCUCAGACCCCUUGCAUCGCAUCCCGGCGGGCUCCACCUUCUAUGACCACGAGCGCCCCUACCGGGACCGGGAACCCCACGACUACACCCCGGAGAGCCUGCUGGAGGCCCGGCGGGAACAACAGGAGCGCGAGCGACUGCAGCUGCGCGAGGAGCUGGAGCGAGCCCGGGCGCACCACCUGCACCCGCCGCCCAUCGACGGCCACCUGGCCCACGUGCCCUCCUUCAUGCCUCACCUGAGUGGGAUGCACUACCCCAGACUGAGCCCAUCCGCCACUGCCCUGCACAACGGGAUCCUCAACAGGACCCCCCCUACCGCGGCGCUGAGCGCCCCGCCCCCCUUGGUGCCCGCCAGUGGCACCCGGCCAGCCUCCCCACGCAGGACUACGCCCCUCACAAACUCUGAGGCCAGGGACUACUCCCCCUCUCGGAACCCCAAAGAGGUAGAGGCACGGUAGUCCCCCUCCCCCACCCAGAAUUUUAAAACUCCUGUACAUAAACAGAAUCUUUUACAAAAUGCACUGCUGUAAACUUUUUUUUUUUUUUUUAAUGUAAAUUUGUAGAACUUUAAGCACAGUUCCAUAAAUCCUGGGGGUUAUACAAACUUUUCAACACAAAGAUUGUGUAGCAGGGGAAUUUAAUAUAUAGCAGAUUCUGGUGAUUUGGGGUUCAUGCACAGAAAUGGGUUAUUCAGAAACAAACACAAAAAAAAUCGUUUGUACAUUUUUUUUCCCAAAUGUGAGAAGCGUUUUUAAUGCAUUUGUAUUUUUUUUUUAAUUUUGUGCUCUUGACUCGCUUUAAAAAAAAAAAAAAAAAGACUGGCUGUUUUUGUUCUUAGUUCGAUUUGCCGUUUAAAGCCCUCAGCUUAUUACUGAGAUUAUUCCCAGGGUUUCUUAAAGUCUUAUUUAUGGAGAAAACUGUUAUUUCAUACAGCGCACUGUGAGGCUCCCAGACAAGACCACCUGGUCCUUCCCUCCCCUUGGUACUUUGGAACCGAAGUUACAGAUAUAUAUUAAAAUAAUUAUUAAUAAUAAUAAUGUACAAAACUGUUUGUUUUUUGCCUUAUUAUAUUAUGCAGAAAUUUAAGAGGGAUUUUUUUGACUUCUUGUUUAAAAAAAAAAAACCAAGGAAACAAUUGUAAAUAUCCUGUUAAUAUAAAUGUAAAACAUUAAAUUCUUAACAUAAGUAGACUUUUUAAAAAAAAGAAAAGCAAAUGGUUUCUAGAACCACUCUGGUUAUUUGUUAAUAACAUGGUUACAAAACUCUUCUGCUGUCAGUGGGGAACAGUCUCUAAAAAUAAAGGUGGCAUCGAUAUAUUCACCUAUGCAAGAGCUCCAGGACAGGUUUCAUUGGGUGAUGGGGAACAGGAGGGGGCAGUUAGCAAAAUCCAGACACCAUACCACACCCACCCAACUUGUAGCUUUAGAAAGAGGACAGAAAAGGGCACGUCCUGGAAAAAGAGAAAGAUUUUGCUUCUCCUCCACACAGCGAUGGGCUGGUAUGGGUCAGGAAGGGGUAGGAUAGGAUGGAGGGGGUGCAGACAGACAGUCCAAGUAGGGAUUUGGGUGUCCUUACUGACCAUGCAGGGAGGCGGACGGGACUGGCCGUCUCCGGGGCUAGCAGAAACUAUUUUCUAUGGACCUUUAUGCUAAUUGUGCAGUGUUCUUACUGGAAUCGGUAAACAAGACAAGUAGAAUUUUAGGAGUGCUUUAAAAAAAAAAGUCUACUGGUUGAUUUUUUUUUUUUUUUUUUUCAUUGAAGACAGAAGAAAUUCUGAUAUAUUCUCUCUAGUACAUGAAGACCAUCAGCCGGUGUUUGUUUCCGUGUGGUCCUUUGGCCUUGGCCUCUGUGGCAUGACUUGGUUUUGGUUUCCAGUUUUACUUUCGUGCAUAUAUAUAUAAAUAUACACACACACACAUAUAUAUAUAUAUGUCACCAUGUUUUCCUUGCUGUACGCCCUCCUUAUGUGUUUAUUUUCCGAUGCCCAUGUUUUAUAUAGACAUAUCUCUAUCCCGGGUGCUUUACCCUCGUUAAUUCUUCCAUCCACUGCUGUUUUCUUUCCUCAACGCUGUAUUCUCCAUCCCCAUCCUCCCUUCCACAACCCCCUGUAAUUUUAAACUUUCUGUUUCCUUGUAGAUCAAUGAAGAUAAAUACAACAUUGAUUUUGGAUGAAAA